ACGACCAGACGUUAUAAGACGGUUGCAGAAACAGAUCACAGCAGAGUGAAGUCAGCCACGGGACAAAGGGACUUCACUGACGACCAAGGUGAAAUCAACAUUUAAAUAAGGAAUGGACUCAGUGGUGAAAAGGUCUCUGGGUGCUCCCCUAAGACAUUUGACCAGCUGUGUGACUCAAGUGAAAGACAGUCACAGGAGUCGGAGAAGAAGUCUGACUGGUCGCCGAAAAAGUGCCCCUUGCUUGUCCCAGACGACGCAUGACUCCUGGCUCCGAGUCUAUCAAAGCGACCUCAUCAGAGAGAGAAAUUUGAGGAAAGCUGAGGUAGCUCAGAAGAAUGCACAAAGAUCGGCCAGGAGGGCCUACUUCAACAGCCACCAACCCAUCUCCAAGGACACCCAAAAGGCAAAUUUUACCCGUUCCGGAAUGAGGACUUCUGCCAGGAAUGAGGACUCAAUGUUUGGUGCCUUCCAGGGGCUCAGUCUUAACAUGGGCAGUGUCCCAACAUCCACGGUAUCUCCACCUAAUGCAGAGCAGUGCAAGGUCAUGUGAUCUGAGGAGAAUCUGCUCAUACGUAUAUCGUCAUUUGCACCAUCAUGUAAAUAGAAUGUUGGAAAGUUCCCACGCCCUCUUACCCGAGUCAAUUUCGCGUGGUUGCACAGAUGGAUCUAUGUGAAAUGUGCAGUUCGCAGUUUUACCGCUUCAAUGGAAACACAAAUGCACUUUACAGGAAGACAGACAUUGCGGUAGAGCCUUUGGUGACGGGCCUACAGAUGGUGUGCGAGUUGACAUAGACCUUAACCAGGUGGUGUGAGGAGUCACCGUGAGAUUAUGAAAUAGAUGCAGUAGCCUAUAGGCCUACUUGAACCUGAACUAAGAUGCGGCUAGCUCUUAAGCGCAUCUUACACGUUCAGAAACUCUUUAGGAACUAUAAAAGUAGGCAAAUCUUAUGAAAGCAGAAGGCUGUUUGUCGACUUUCAUACAAUUUUAAACCGUUAAUACAAGAGUAGCCUAAAAGAAGUUGCAUCCCAUUUUAUACCAGAAAUACAAUUGUAUAUUAACAUUGUGAUCAUUAGUAGGCCUGUUAUUGUUGUUAUUAUUAUUAUUGACAACUCAAUACCCGCAUAUUAACACUGUGAAUCCAGGCCAACUGGGGACCAUUCUGGACAUGUUAUAUUGACUUAAUGAUUGUUUUUUUUUUGCUUAUUCCCUAGUCUGCCUCUGUAAAUAGAUUCGGGGAAUAGGUUUUAGCCUAUGAAAAUUAUUAGAAAACAGAAUUUUUAUUAAAGACAAAUAAACUAA